AUGACCAAAUAUGGCAUAUACGAGGUUUUAAGCGAAGAUCAUGAUGGUAAUUCAUUUAGUUUACUAUCAACAGAAGAUCAUGAUGGUAAUUCUUUUAGUUUACUAUCAACAGAAGAUCAGUAUGGUAAUUCAUUUAGUUUACUAUCAACAGAGUAUCAGUAUGGUAAUUCAUUUAGAUUACUAUCAACAGAAGAUCAUUAUGUUAGUUUACUAUCAACAGAGUAUCAUUAUGGUAAUUCAUUUAGUUUACUAUCAAUAGAAGAUCUUCAUGAUCAUUAUGGUAAUUCAUUUAGAUUACUAUCAACAGAAGAUCAUGAUGGUAAUUCUUUUAGUUUACUAUCAACAGGAGAUCAUGAUGGUAAUUCUUUUAGUUUACUAUCAACAGAAGAUCAUGAUGGUAAUUCUUUUAGUUUACUAUCAACAGGAGAUCAGUAUGGUAAUUCUUUUAGUUUACUAUCAACAGAAGAUCAGUAUGGUAAUUCAAUUAGUUUACUAUCAACAGAGUAUCAGUAUGGUAAUUCAUUUAGAUUACUAUCAACAGAGUAUCAUUAUGAAAAUCAUUAUGGUAAUUCAUUUAGUUUACUAUCAACAGAAGAUCAUUAUGGUAAUUCAUCUAGUUUACUUUCAACAGAAUAUCAUUAUGGUGAUUCAUUUAGUUUACUAUCAACAGAAGAUCAUUAUGGUAAUUCAUUUAGUAUACUAUCAACAGAGUAUCAUUAUAGUAAUUCAUUUAGUUUACUAUCAACAGAAGAUCAUUAUUUCACUAUCAACAAUCAUGGUAAUUCAUUUAGUUUACUAUCAACAGAAGAUCAUUAUGGUAAUUCAUCUAGUUUACUAUCAACAGAAGAUCAGUAUGGCGGUUCAUUUAGUUUACUAUCAACAGAAGAUCAUUAUGGUAAUUCAUUUAGUAUACUAUCAACAGAGUAUCAUUAUAGUAAUUCAUUUAGUUUACUAUCAACAGAAGAUCAUUAUUUCACUAUCAACAAUCAUGGUAAUUCAUUUAGUUUACUAUCAACAGAAGAUCAUUAUGGUAAUUCAUUUAGUUUAUUAUCAACAGAAGAUCAGUAUGGCAAUUCAUUUAGUUUACUAUCAACAGAAGAUCUAUCUGGUAAUUCAUUUAGUUUACUAUCAACAGAGUAUCAUUAUAGUAAUUCGUUUAGUUUACUAUCAACAGAAGAUCAUGAUGGUAAUUCAUUUAGUUUACUAUCAACAGAAGAUCAUUAUGGUAAUUCAUUUAAAUUACUAUCAACAGAAGAUCAGUAUGGCAAUUCAUUUAGUUUACUAUUAACAGAAGAUCUAUCUGGUAAUUCAUUUAGUUUACUAUCAACAGAAGAUUAUUAUGGUAAUUCAUCUAGUUUACUAUCAACAGAAGAUUAUUAUGGUAAUUCAUUUAACUCAUUUAGUUUUCUAUCAACAGAAGAUCAGUAUGUAAUUCUUUUAGUUAACUAUCAGUUGAGAGAAGAUCAUAUUAGUAAAAACUAG